AUGAAUUACGGAAAUUCACCUUGGCCAUGGCCACGUAUCUUGGGAAUGGUACUUCUGUUAAUAGUAACCAUCACAUCGAUAAUAUGUUUUGUUUUCACCCGUACCAGUCUUUUGAAUGGAUAUAUUGACGAUUUAGGCUAUCCCAUCUAUGGCUGUGCCGGAUUGCUGAUGAUCAUCGCUAUUAAUUAUAUGAUAUAUCAACAAUCCAAAACCUUGAUCGUAUUGGUAUUAAUGAUUAUUUCUUUGAUAUUUUGGUUAGUGAUGGUGAUUAUGUUUACCAUCCAGAAUGGAACUGGUUGUAAGAUCCCCCCUGGGCAGAUAUUUCAAGAUUGUGGUCAGAUGAAGGAAUUGUUUAUAUGUAUGAUAAUCACAUUGGCAUGUUUAUUAAUUGCAAUGGGGAAUUAUAUAUGGUAUAAAAUAUUACCAAUGGUUAAACAAGGUGGGUUUAAGGCGUUGUUACCCCAACAAAAUAGAGGAGGAAGAGUUGUAUAUCCUCCUCCUCCAAUUCAUCCACAAGCGGCGGCUGGGACUUCGUAUCCACUUCAAGAUUAUAGUUAUCAACAACAACCACCACCACCUCCAGGGUACGCGUAUCAACCACAACCGGGAAAUCUGUAUUAUUCAACCGCGUAUCCUCCACCACCUCCGCUACCACAAAAGGGGUGA